AUGAGCGAUGGUGGCCGCGACCACGCCCUCUGCUCGGAUGACAGCACGGAGCGGGAGAGAACCCCGCGUGACGUCCAGUGGAAUGGCCCUGCUACUCUUCGUGAGCUGUUGCCAGCUGGCCCUCCUAUGCCGAUGCUUGCUUUACAGGAGUUGCGUGCUCAGCGAGACAUCAACCCGGCUGAUGGCAGGAGCCGCAGCCCCAGCCUGGACAGGGCUUCCAUGGGUUCACGGCCAGAGCGGGAGUGGCCGAUGCACAAUGGGGAUCGACUUCAAGGACCGCACCUCCCCAACGGCAGGUUCGGCGAAACUUCUUCCUCAUCAUCCUCCCCGCGGCUGGACUCAGACGACGAUGUUUCUCUUUUCGCGAGCAGUGAAUCAAGCAGUGCCCCGGCAGCAGCCGCAGUGCAUGCUGGCCCCGGCCCGGAUGCCGCAGAUGCCCAUGCAGCUGCAGAUGCCCGUGCAGAUUCGGAAGACGGCUCUUCAACGUGGAGCACAACCACCUUGGUGCUUGCAGGACCGUGUUUGGUCCAGGCCCGCAACCACUUUUUGGGCCUCCUGCGCCUGCAACUGUCUGCCACGGAAACUCUCUCAAGCCGCCAGCAAGGCGGCAGAGUGGGGGCCAUGCGUCGAAGGUUACAGCAGCAGGACUGGCAAGCAGUCUGUGAGGCGGCUGUCAGGCAUCUGGACGGUGACUUCCUUGCCAGAUGGCGGGACUACCAGUGGCGGAGCACACACGAGCGACGCCCCAGGCGUCCGGAUGACGGCUCGGAGCCGAGGACACACAUGCUGCUGUGCCCGCUCCGCCGGCCAGCUGUCCUCGCUGGUCGCUGGCCAGACAGCUCAGCAGGUAGGGAGAUAGGAGGGGUGAGGGUUACCUCUGCUGCCGCGGCAGAGGUUGGACCUGGCUCUACAGAGCCGGGGAAGCAUCGCGGACCGGUGCUGGGCGUCACUUCGAGCUGCGCCACGUCGACGCCAGGCAGUUGGCUGUGCAUCCACAGUGCCAGCGAUCCGGCCGAGGCACAUGAUCGCUAUAUACCGGCUCGUCACUUCCUGCUGGUGGGCGGAGACUUCAAUGCCAGUGUUCGGCCGCGGCGCCAGGAGGCGUCACUAUCAAUUGUGCCAGUGCACUGGCGCGCAGACAUUGCAGGCGCCAAGCCCUUGCAGUAUGAUAAAUCAGCGCUCCAUGCAGCGCUCGCUUCCAAUGCCGAGCAGGUUGGCGAACUCCGCCAGCAAGUGCAGGCUGCUGUCAACCAGGUCCCCCCAGGAGACCUGCACCAGUUGCAUCACCGCGUGAAUCAUAUUCUGUGCCAGGCUGUGCGCCAAGCUUUUCCCGCCAAGCCGGCGGAGGAUGCCAGAAUCAGCGCGCAGGCAGGGUAUCGGGCAUCAGCUCGUCAUGUUUGGCGCCUCUAUGCGCAAAUGAAGCGGGCACGUGUUGCAACUGUAGGACGCCUGCUUCAGCAGUGGCGCUUUGCGGCUGCCUUUGAGAGGGCCUCGCGGGCACUCAGAGAGCAGAGCAGGCAGCUUAAGCGUGCAGCCUUUCAAGACAAGCUCGGCAAAGCGGAGGCAGCGGCACGCAUUGGGGACCAGCGCCGCGCCACCUAUGCACUCUUCCCGGACUUGCCACUUGCGGGUCCUUUGACCCAGGCUCUGAACAUCACGGACGAGGAGGUGGUGAGUCAGUUCCGGGAGAUCAAGGUGGGCAAGGCCGGUCAUACUGGUCUUCUCAGCGGGGACCUCACCGAUGCCACAAUGGCCAUGUUGCCGAAGCCACAUAAGCCUGCACAUAUCUUAGCCAAUUUGAGGCCCAUUGGGCUCAUGGCUCCCACCUCCAAGGCCUUGGCAGGAAUCCUGAAGCUUCGCAUGAUGGAGUGGCAACUCCCGCUGCUCCGUCAUAGGCCACAGUAUGCGUAUCUUCCUCAUCGCGGAACCAUGGACGCGCUCUUCCGCGUACACAAACACGUGGCAGAGGCUAUCAUUUUGUUCCGAACCAGUAGAGUCACACGCUUUGGUGCGUACCAGGGACAGAAGCCUCGCCCCUUCACAGGCGCCCUUAGCCUGUCCCUCGACCUGAGUCGUGCAUUUGACCUCACCAACAGGCCCAAGCUCUUUCAAGCCCUCCAUGAUUAUCAGGUGCCUCCAGCGGUCAUCGAAGUGGCCCAACGCCUGCACUUCGGCUCCCGCUUCCUUUACAAGGCCGGGAGUUGCCGCUCAAGCUUUGUGACGUCUAACGGACUAAAACAAGGAUGCAAGGUCGCCCCGAGUCUUUGGGUCUGGUACACCCUAGCCCUGAUGGAUGCUCUUGAGAAACAACUACCCGAGGGGUGGGUCCAAAAUGUUCUCACUCUCUUCGCAGACGAUUGUUGGGCCAGUUGGCUGUUGCAUUCCCUGGACGACCUCAGGAAGGCGCUGCGGGAGUUGACCGUUUUACUCAGCACUCUGGAAGCUUUCCACAUGCAGAUCAAUUACGGUAAAACAGCAGUGCUUCUCAAAUUCGUGGGUAAACAGGCCAAGCAGGCCCUCCACGACAUCACUCGCAUGAAAAAUGGUGUCGCUCAUCUCUGCCUUGUUGUCAAUGGGGUUGAACGUCUUAUCCCACUGAAAACUGAGCAUGACUAUCUGGGAUCCAAGGUGUCGUACCAUACCAACGGAAACCGAAGCCGCAAGAAUUGUCGGCUCCCAAAAAGAAACGGGUUCUUGAGAUGGAAACCGGGAUUCAGAUUUCAAGCCAAGAAGCAGACAUGUCAUCCGAUGUUAUGUGCAUAUAGGCAUAACGACUUAAUACAAGAUCGGUGGAUAACUUCGGAACAGAUUGUUCUUUGA